AUGACUCAUUGGAGCAAUUUGCCGUAUGAGAUGAAAUGCGAAGUUUUCAAAUAUUUGAAUAAAAAUGAUCGGUGAGUUAAGUAGAAACUUUUCAAAAAAAAAAGAAAAAAAAACAUUUUUUUGCAGAUUCCGAUUCGCUAGCUGCAAUUUCCAAUGUUUUCGAGAAAUUUUCCACGAUGAAAAAGAUGUCACAAGUGUUGAACUGGAGAAGAUCACAGAAGUUGGAACAAUCAGGCCAUAUUUUAUAGUUUCAGUUGAUGGUUCAGUAAUCCGAUUCGAACAAAUCGCAAAUAUGUGUGAAAUCAAGUAUGAUGAUUAUGUUCUUGCAAGAGGUUUCGGCAAGAUCGAAAAUACUGUCUACAAGUUUUUCGAGAAUAUUUUACUGGAGCAUAGGAAAACUGUUAGGAAAUUGAAGAUAGCUGAUGUGAGUUCUUGAAUUUUUGUUUAAAAAAAUAAAAAAAAUAAAUUACAGGUUGACUUCACUAUAUUCCAAGAUUUUUCAAAUAUUGAAGAAUUAGAAAUCAUUACCAAUAAUAAAAUUCACUUGUAUCAUAUUCUAUCGGAAUCCAGGAAUCUCACAAAAUUAGUUGUGAAGUUUUUUGAAGAGGCCGAGAGAUUUGAAGAUGUAAUUUCAAAAAACAAUUUUGAAUGGUCAAAAAUUGAAUCAGUGGAUUUAAAUUGUAAUGCAGCUGAUGUUGCAUUGGAAAUUCUUGAUAUAAUACAUUCAUCAAGUUCUGCAUGCUUGAAAUUUUCUAUCAAUGGCCGGGAAUUCGAUGCAAGAUUGAUUGAUGUUCUUGGGAGAUUCGAUACGAUUAAUAUAGAUCUACAGCUAACCAAUGAUCAAUUUUUUCUAUUGGUGAAAAACAAGAAAUUCGAACUCACUAACUUUUAUGAAUAUUUUGAACUUGAAGAACUUCUGUUGGAAAAAUUAUGGUUUGUUUUUGUGAAGCACACCGAAAUAAACACGCAACGCAGACCGCGCCGCGCCACAACACACACAAAUAAGGGAACGAUUCAAAUUCCCUCCGCGGCGCGGUCUGCGUUGCGUGUUUAUUUCGGUGAAGCGCGUCAAAAACAUGUUUUUUUUUCAGGAGCUCAGAUGACUCACCGAGAUUUGACUACAGAUACGAUCGAUCCAGAAAUAUUUUUAUUAUUGACGAUCUUCAAAAAGAUUUUUGA